UUUGGCGGCCAAUUCAGAAUCGUCCAACGGUCCUAUCAAUUUAAUCAAAAGAAUGUAGCCCUCAGAAAACACAAGAUGCCUACACUGGACAAAGACAAAGGAAUUGCAGAUGCAGUAGAAUAUUUUGUUAAGGAAGAGAAAAUGAAAAGGAGGGGCAAUGUACAAUUGUCAGAGGCUUUGGAGACGCUGGAGAGGGUUUCAAAAAGUCUAGGCAUAUCUGCAGACAAUAUUAUCGCACUUUGUGAAGUUGCUGCCAGCGGACGCCAUGGUGAUGAUAUCAGCUGUAAGCUGAUAAGAUGCCUGAUUCCAGCCAAGGAGUUCCCAGACAGGGCUGUGAUGGUGUCUAUUUCCUACAUUUGUUCCAACAUCCCAUCCAGCAAAAUCCAGGCCAUGCUUUUGAGACUGCUGAUUGCAGUAUAUGACUACAUCGACAAAAAAGAGACACUUCAGAAGCUGGGAUACCUACUUUUCUGUUUUAUUGAAAACUCCAUCUUGACGCCCUAUAUCUGCCAUCUGCUUUACCUGUUAACCAGGAAGGAAGAUGUUCGAUUGUUCAGAGUUAGAAAGCUGCUAGAUCUACAAACCAAACUGGGCCCCCAGUCGUACCUCAUUGGACUGUUGUCGAUUUACAAAUUGUACUUUCCAAACCUGGUGUCCAUUGUAAUUCCGAGUACCAAAAAGCACUUUUUCCCCACCAGGGACAGACAGUGGUGUUCUAUUAUAAGGGAAGUCCAGGAAGGGAACCAGAAUAUAGAGACGUCCCACCUUAAGCUGUCGCUGGAGUUGUCAGAGAAACUUAGAGCCGCCGAAACCACAAUGCUGCAGGGGAUUCCACCUGCCAAGAGGAGGAAGAUGGAGCCUAUCCCAGUGGUCCACUCCAGCCGGUCUAACCUGACGGUGAAGAUGUCCAGCCGCCUGAUUGCCAUGCUGGAGGAAAAACCUAUUCCUUUUGUACAGAUACCCGAUAUAGACACACUACUGAGGAACCCAGAUAAAGUAGAGUUACCGAGCCAGAUGGGUGCAGCUUUGAGGAGUCCGUUACUCCAGUGUUUUAUGUCGUACAGUGCUGACCCGUUGAUGACCUGCCGAUUUUCUUACUGGCUCCAGGACACUCUCUGUGAUGAACUCCUGGAUAGUACAGUUACCCCCUCUUGUUUCCCGAGAAUCGAGUCCAUACUGGAGAAACUCAUACAGUUCACAGAGUUCAUUCAGGAAGGCAUACCGGCGGUGGAUCAGAUUUUAUUCCGUUAUCUUCAGGUCUGGAAUGGAAUGGACUUCAGACAACACAUGUUCAGACUCAUUACCAGAUGUAGACUCUACCCGUUCUCAUUGUUAAAUGAGAACGUUUUGGACCCAUUGAGGAAACUGUACGUCAGAACUUCUGUUUUUAUUAAGUGCCAGAUAACUAUGUGUUUGACACAGCUGCUGCGUAAUUACGUAGUGGUGGAAAUACACAGAUACAAUCAGAAAUAUCCCGAUUCAAAGCCUAGCGUGUCCAUCUUUGAAGAUGACAUAGGACCAUUUGAGCCACUGUCCACAGUUCAGGGACUUAUUCAGUUUGUAGACAGACUUAACUGUGCCGGCCUGACACUGGAAAACAACCAUAAUCUUCUGCUUCAUUUCACCCUCACCUUCAGCGAAAUGGUAUCCACAUUGUAUACCCGCUAUGAUCUACCAUGUGUAUAUUUGCCUAGCCGGCACAUUAUCAGAGCCUUUCUGACUGACAAUGCAAUGGGACCCGCUAGACUAUGUGGCAUUAUUAAUAGAUAUAAGGAGAACUGCCAGAAACUUAAGAAUGACCUGAAGGGGACGGAGAGUGAGGCUGUUAGACUGCGGCUGAAGGAGACGGUCCACAGCCUGAACAUCGUGAUCAUGGACCUCUGUGACACGCUGUGGAGGAGAAAGGCCUUCACCCACGGCCGAACUGACUCGUACUUCAACUUCGACUCCACACUCCUGGAUGGGGGCUCAAACGACGGACUCUCCUUGUAUCUCCACCAAGCUUUUCUUCCCUUCUCUCUCCUCUUUCUGAAAGAGACACAGCCAAAGGAGCACAUUGGACACCCACGGGGAAUUCAGGAGGUCCGCGACACAUUUAUGGAAUUUUUACAAAGAGAGAACAUCAGCGAAGUCAAGGAAUUUAUAACAAACACAAUAACCAGAUAUAGACUGUCUACUACUACCGUUACCUGACGAUAGAAAGGUCCGCUCCGAAAACUGAGGAGGAUGUUUUAUCUUUCACUGAACUACUAAAUUGACAGGAAGUGAAUUCAAUUUAAAGAUUUGAAUCAAGUGAAUGAUUAAAUAUAUGAAUAGGAAAAAAGAGGGGGUAAUAUUGUUGUUCUGUCUUGAGGUUUGGAGUUAGAUUUCAAUACAUAGUUCUCUGUCUUACAUAUUGUACCCUUAAUAGUAAAGACAAAGUAAACUUACUUAUAAUGUACACUUUAAAGUAUAAUGGGCAGAGUCUUCUUUUAGUUUAUUUUAAAGUAUACAGUGAACUUGUCUAAUCCUGGGGUUAUCUAAUCCAUAAUUUUGCCAAAUUGGAUAUAAAGAUGAAGUCAUUUUCAGCUAAUUCCUUUGUUUAUAAUGCUGUCUAAUGUGGCCAAUGUUUUUUUUAUAACCAAUGCGUUAUGGAUUAGGCAAGUUUUCUGUUAUAAUUUACGUUAUCUGUUGAAGAUAUGGAG